AGGGGUGGUGCGAGGGGAGGUAGCGCCGCGUUUCGCCCCGCCGCCGCUGCCGCGGGGGGGACCAUGCGGAGGCAGCGGGGCCGGCGAGCGCAGCAACAGCAGCGGGAGGCGGAGCGGCGGUAGCAGCAGCGUUAGGACCCGGGGCGGGGCGCGGGGCGGGCCGGGGCGAUCGCGCCGCUUCUUCGCGAUAUUCUAUCCGCCGGCGGUGCGAGAACAAUAGGAUCCGCCGCCCGCCCGCCGGCCCUGGGCGCCGCGGCCGCCGCCCCCAGCACAGCACGGCCCGGCCCGGCCCGGCCCGGCCUGCCAUAAGCGCGGGACCUUCAUGCGCUUCCCCUGCCCCGCACGCACGGGGGGCGCGCGCCUGCCCCGGAACAGGACUGCCACUGUUGAGUCUGUGGGAGUAUGAAUCAGCAGCAGCAGCAGAGAAUGGCUGCAGUUGGGACAGACAAAGAGCUCAGUGACCUGCUGGACUUCAGUAUGAUGUUUCCUCUGCCAGUGGCUAAUGGAAAAAACAGACCCACGACCCUAGCGAGCACUCAGUUUGGAGGAUCAGGUUUGGAUGAAAGACCGGGAUCAGGUUCCUGGGGAACGGGAGAUCAAAACAGCUCCACAUUUGACCAAGGAAGGCAGAGCUAUGGUGAAGGCCCCCACUACGGCGAGCACAGGGACCUGCCGCCUCACAACAGCAUAUCUUCAUCACCAUUCCUGGGAGCUGGACUCGUGGGGAAGAGCAGUGAAAGAACCUCGUACUCCACGUUUGGAAGGGACACAGGGAUGCCAGGACUAAACCAGACCGGUUUCCUGCCCAGCGAGAUGGGAAUCGCCAGUCCCAGCACGCUCUCCCCCACUGGGGUGAAAGGGGGCUCCCAGUAUUUUUCUUACCCCAACAACCCUCGCAGGAGAGGUGCUGACAGCAGCAUAGAUGGACAGCCCAAAAAGGUCCGGAAGGUGCCUCCUGGACUCCCCUCCUCGGUGUAUCCAUCCAACUCAGGUGAUGACUACAGCAGGGAUCCAGCUGGAUAUACUCCCUCGAAACCUCCCAGCACUGUGUAUCCCGGAGCCUUUUAUAUGGCAGAUGGGCUCCAUAACUCAGCAGACCUGUGGAGCUCUCCGGGUGCCAUGAGCCAGUCGAGUUACGGUGCCAUGCUGGGCAGCUCCUCCUCCCCACUCCCACCAGCCAGCGGCUUCAACAGUUUACACCAGCAUGAGCGCAUGAACUACCAGCUUCAUUCAGGAGAGGUUAACGGCGGGCUCCCCUCCGUGUCUGGCUUCUCCUCUGCCUCCACGCCAUACGGUGUCUCCAGUCACACGCCUCCCAUCAGUGGCACGGACACCAUGAUGGGUAACAGAGGAACCACAGCCGGGAGCUCAGGAGACGCGCUCGGGAAGGCACUAGCAUCAAUUUACUCCCCGGAUCACUCUAGCAAUAACUUCUCCUCAAACCCCUCCACACCGGUCGGCUCCCCUCAGGGCCUUGCAGGCACAUCUCAGUGGUCACGGGCAAGCGGACAGGGUGCCUUAUCUCCCAGCUACGAAGGGAGCCUCCACACCUUACAAAACAAAAUGGAAGACAGGUUGGAUGAAGCCAUCCACGUGCUGAGGAAUCACGCUGUGGGCCAGACAGCCGCCAUGCCAAGCAACCAUGGGGACAUGCACGGGCUGCUGGGCUCAGCACCAGCCCACAGUGCCACCGUGGGCAGCCUGGGCCAGGCCUUCCCGGCCUCAGUCAUGUCCCUGGGGAACAGGCACCCGAGUCUGGUGGGAGGAGGUCACCCCGAAGAUGGGUUGUCCAGCAACCCCAACAUGCUCCACAACCACGUUACACUUCCAUCACAGCCCAGCUCCCUCCCUGACCUCAGCAGGCAGCAGGACACGUACAGCGCAGGCUUGUCAGGGGGGCUGGGGCGAAGCAGUGUCUCCUCGGGAACCAGCGAAAUAAAGAGGGAAGAGAAGGAGGAUGAGGAGAACACGUCGGUGGCAGAUAACUCAGAAGAGGAGAAGAAGGAGCUGAAACCCUCCAGGACCAGAACAAGGUGCUCUUUGAACAGCAGUACAGACGAGGCCUUGUCACUGGAGGACAAAGAUCUGAGGGACCGGGAGAGGAGAAUGGCCAAUAACGCCAGGGAAAGGGUGCGUGUGCGGGACAUUAACGAGGCCUUUAAAGAACUGGGACGCAUGUGUCAGAUGCACUUAAAAACGGACAAAGCACAGACCAAACUGAUCAUCCUACAGCAAGCGGUGCAGGUCAUUCUGGGCCUGGAGCAGCAAGUACGAGAGCGCAAUCUGAACCCUAAAGCAGCCUGCUUGAAGCGUCGGGAAGAAGAGAAAGUGUCCGGAGUAGUAGGAGAUCCCCAGAUGACACUUUCAGCUUCACAUCCUGGUCUAGGAGAUGGUCACAACCCUGUUGGACACAUGUAAAGAUCUGUUUCUUCUUCUGGAUCCAGAGAUCUGUAGGAAGAAAACCCUCGGGGUGACCUGCAACCUUCUCUCCCCAUAAACUUUAGUCCUGCUAAUACUGACACACGUGGACGGAUCCUGGCGUGACGUAAGGGGUGGCAAACACCCACCUUGUCAAAAGCAAGCAAACAAAAAUUGCCUUAAGUAUAAAGUGCAGACCAGUCAAUACAUAUCACUCAGUUAGGAGGGGGUGGCGUGGUCUCUUGGCUUGUUCGCAAGCAGCCAGCAGCAAAAUUGUGCCUAAGCUUGAUAUUUCUUUUUUUAAAUGAAAAAAAAAGAACAUUAGUUAUGAGAUUUUUUUUUUAUGUAGAACAAAUAGCGAUGCCUUUGGGUUGGUUUUUUUUUUUUUGGUUGGUUUUUUUUAGCUUCUUUUGCAUAUGUUUUGUAAGCAACGAAAAUAAUUCUUUUUUUUUUGUAUAAAAAACACAAAAAAAAAAAAGUCUUGUACCCCA